UGGACCCUGCGCGCGCACUCGUCACCAACUUUCCCUCCAGACCCGAGGGGCAGCGCGCUCUGCCCCGGGGCCGCGCACGUCCGUCCUCGGUGGCGCGCACGCCUGCGGGAGCCCUCUCCAAGCAACCUAGUGCUGAUCGCUCUUGCUGGUGCGGCUGUUAACUGCCGUAGCGGGAGCCCAAGGCUCAGAAGCAGCCCCCUCCCCUUCCAGGGUUUCCCCCACCCCUUUCCCGGUCGGCCUCGGGGCAUGAGCAGCGAUGGCCGGCUGCAGCCCUGAGGAGAAAACUUACCGGCGCUUCCUGGAGCUAUUCCUAGGCGAGUUUCGCGGACCGUGCGGCGGCGGCGAGCCAGAGCCGGAACCCGAACCGGAGUCCGAGCCCGAGCCUGAACCUGAACUGGUAGCAACCGAGGUGGCCGAGGCUUCGGUCGAGGAACCCGGGGAGGAGGCGGCCACGCUAGCCGCGACGGAGGAGGGUGACCCGGAGCGAGACCCAGAGGAGCCCGAAGAGGAGGCGGUGGAGGAGGAGGCGGUGGCGGCGGCCGAAGGCGAGGGGGAGGAGGAGGCGGCGGCGGCGGCCCCGGGGCACUCGGCCGUGCCACCGCCACCCCAGCCCCAGCUGCCGCCGCUGCCCCCGCUCCCGCGGCCGCUGUCGGAGCGCAUCACCCGUGAGGAGGUGGAGGGCGAGAGCCUGGACCUGUGCCUGCAGCAGCUCUACAAAUAUAACUGUCCUUCCUUUUUGGCUGCGGCUUUGGCCAGAGCCACCUCAGAUGAAGUCCUUCAGAGUGAUCUUUCUGCACAUUACAUCCCAAAGGAGACGGAGGGCACAGAAGGGACUGUGGAGAUUGAGACAGUGAAAUUGGCCCGUUCUGUCUUCAGCAAACUGCACGAGAUUUGCUGCAGCUGGGUGAAAGACUUCCCUCUCCGCAGGAGACCCCAGCUUUAUUAUGAGACAUCAAUCCAUGCCAUCAAAAACAUGCGCAGGAAAAUGGAGGACAAACAUGUCUGCAUUCCUGACUUUAAUAUGCUCUUCAACCUAGAGGACCAAGAAGAACAAGCUUACUUUGCAGUGUUUGAUGGCCAUGGGGGAGUGGAUGCCGCCAUCUAUGCUUCCAUUCACUUACAUGUUAACUUAGUACGCCAGGAGAUGUUCCCCCAUGAUCCCGCUGAGGCUCUGUGCCGGGCCUUCCGGGUCACUGAUGAGCGCUUUGUGCAGAAGGCAGCCAGAGAGAGCUUAAGAUGCGGGACCACAGGAGUAGUGACUUUUAUCCGAGGCAACAUGCUACACGUGGCCUGGGUGGGCGAUUCUCAAGUUAUGCUCGUGAGAAAGGGCCAAGCUGUUGAAUUAAUGAAACCACACAAACCAGACAGAGAGGAUGAAAAGCAGCGAAUUGAGGCCCUUGGAGGUUGUGUAGUCUGGUUUGGUGCCUGGAGGGUCAAUGGAAGUCUGUCAGUCUCCAGAGCUAUAGGAGAUGCUGAACAUAAGCCAUACAUCUGUGGGGAUGCAGACUCUGCCUCCACUGUUUUGGAUGGGACAGAAGACUACCUCAUUCUGGCCUGUGAUGGCUUCUACGAUACCGUGAACCCUGAUGAGGCAGUGAAAGUUGUAUCUGACCACUUGAAAGAGAACAAUGGAGACAGCAGCAUGGUCGCCCACAAAUUAGUGGCAUCAGCUCGUGAUGCUGGGUCAAGUGAUAACAUCACUGUUAUUGUGGUAUUCCUGAGGGACAUGAACAAAGCUGUAAAUGUUAGUGAGGAAUCAGAUUGGACAGAGAACUCUUUUCAAGGAGGGCAAGAAGAUGGUGGGGAGGAUAAGGAGAAUCAUGGAGAAUGCAAACGCCCUUGGCCUCAGCACCAGUGUUCAGCACCAGCCGAUCUAGGCUAUGAUGGGCGUGUGGAUUCAUUCACUGAUAGAACCAGCCUCAGCCCAGGGUCCCAAAUCAACGUGCUGGAAGACCCAGGCUACUUAGAUCUCACACAAUUAGAAGAAAGCAAACCUCACAGUGCCCAGGUUUUGCCACCAGUUGAAAUGUUUGGUCCUGGUGCACCAAAGAAAGCCAAUCUUAAUAAUGAGCUAAUGAUGGAGGAAAAAUCUGUUCAAUCAUCAUUGCCUGAACGGAGUGGUGCUGAAGAGUUUUCUGCUUCUUUUAAUUUGGGUUCCACAGGGCAGCAGAUAUAUAGAAUGGAGACUUUGUCUCCUGUCUGUUAUGGGUUGAAAAACGAACAGUCCAAAUCCCUGGGAAAAAGAGUUUCUAGAUUGUAUCAUUCACACCAUUACUACUCUAAGAGGCGGCAAAAAUUUUAUUCAUUUCUCUCCGCUAAAGAGCCUUCCCACAAAAUAGGCUUUAGUCUGACCUCACUUAUUCGAAGUGGGAAGAAAAAUAGGGUGGUAAGAAGUUCUGUCCCAUGGAGGGAAAAUAGUUGGAAAUGGUACAAUGAAAAUGCAAUGAAGAAGGCCAGAAAAAGUAAUGAUAUUCCAUGCCCAGAUGUUUUCAGGAGCUGUAAAAUAUAAUACUUUUUCAUUAAAGUAGGCUAGCUAGCUCUCCCCCAAUUAAAAAUACCACUAUCAGAGUAGAAACAAGGUAGACAUUUCUAAAACACAUGUGCUUCAUUAUGAAUCCAUGGAUGGCUCAAUUCUUAAAUGUAAAUAGAUCUCUAGGAAACUCAAAAUAGUGUUUCAAAAAAAAAAAAAAAAAAAAGUAUUGGCGGUUUCACUAGCAAAACUAUAGAACUGGUCCCUGUGAUGUGUCUCUAAACCUGCCCCUCUACCCCUACUCGCCAUCCCUCACGUCACUAGUGGAAGCUUGAAGUUAUUUCAGUCAGGACAUAAAGUGUUGAAAUCUGGUCUGAUGUGCCUCAUAUCUAUGAAAAAGUCAAUGCAGAAUUUGGUUGGGAAACCUCUCUCAAGAUUUUAGGGUCUGUGAAAGAUCCCUCUCCCCACUUUUGGGUAGGUAAAAGACUAAAAGCCAUAUGGG